AUGCUUAGAGUUGCUCUUAUAAUAAUCGUUUACUGCUUUUAUUUGAAAUUGUUUGAAUUCAAGAAGAUUACUAAAAAUAGUGCCAAUAAUUUUUUUUUUUUGAUUCACAAAAGAAUAUACAACGUAAAUGUAUUAUUUAAAAAUAGUCAAAAAAAAAGUAGUGAAAAAUUGGUAAAGCAAAAUUUGUAUAACCUAAAAGAUGAUAACAUUUACACCUUUUUAAAUAAGGAAAUAAAUAAUAUAGGAAAAAAAAUAGUAGAGGAUAGUACCUUUAGUUUACCUAAAUAUUGCUUUUUAGAAGAAAAUAAAAUUUAUGACAAUUUUGAAUACCAAACUAGUAUAAUAGUAUUUUUAGAAAAUUAUAUUAAAAUUAAAAAGGACAUUAGAAAAGAUGUUAUCGAAUAUUUAAAAAGAAAGUGCCUGGAUGUAAUAGAAAUGCUCCAUUUAUCAUCUAAUGGAAUUUUAAAUAUAAAAUUAAGAGAUAAAUAUAUUUUUGAAAAAUUCUUUACCUUCUAUAAAUUACAUUUAACAAAAGAUAAUUCAGAAAAAAAAAAAAAGAAAAAAGAAAAAGAGCCAAUAAAGAAAAAUGUAGUUUUGUUAGACUUUUGUGGUGUAAAUAUGGGAAAAUAUAUGCAUUUAGGACAUUUAAAAUCACUAUUUCUUGGUUAUGCAUUAAGUAAUGUUUUUAAAUUUUUUAAUUAUUCUGUUAAAAAAAGAAGCCACAUAGGAGAUUGGAAUGUAAACAUAGCAUUAAUUAUAACUUUUUUAAUUUUAUUUUAUAAUAAUAUAAAUUUAGAUUUAUUUAAUUCUAACUUAAAUGAAUUAAAAGGUAAUGGGAAAAUGUUUGAAACAAAUGAUAAAGUUAAAGAAACAGAUGAAAACAUUAAUAUUUCAUUUUCGUAUAAUCUUAGUAACAAUGAAGAAAAAGAAGAAAAUAUAUUUAAUAACAGUGUAGGUAAAAAAAAAACAAAAAAAAUAGAAAAUGAUGGAAUUAUUCAGCAUUGGUUAGGAAUUGUAAAUGAUACAAGAGAACAACUGUUUUAUAAUAAUUACAAAUAUUUUGAUACAGAAAAGUUUUCUCAUAUAAGUUUACAUAAAAUUGAAUAUAUAUAUAAAUUAUCAAAAAAGAUUUAUUCUAUAUCCGACUUAUUUAAAAAAUAUACCAAAAUUAGUUUAAAAUUAAUGUACAAAAAUGAUAAAAAAAUUAUAAAUAUAUGGAAUAUCAUAUGUAGUAAUACAAAAAAGGAAAAUAAAGAAAUAUUCAAGAAGUUUAACAUAAAAAAAUUAAUAGAAAAGGGGGAACGUUUUUAUGUUAAAUAUGUUCCGAAAAUUUUACAAAAAAUGAAAGAUGCAAAUAUCCUUUUUGAAUUUAAAAAUAAAUUUUGUGUUCUUUUAAAAAAAAAAGUAAUAGGCAACAAAAAUAAUAGUAAUAAUAGUAGCAAAAAUAUUUUAAGUAGUAAUGAUGAAUAUUAUGAUAUUAUUAAGAUAAGUGAUGAAAUCAAUGAGUACAUUAAAAAAAAGGAUAUUGAUUUUUUGAAGAAAAAAUUUACCAUAUUAACUUUAAAAAAUGAUGUUGCUUAUACGUAUGCCGCUAUUGAUUUAUCUGCUUUAUAUUAUAGAGUGAAUUUUGAAAAAGCGAAUAAAAUUAUUUAUGUAGUUGAUGAAAAUCAAAGAAAACAUUUCAUGCAAGUUUUUUCUAUAGGAAAAUAUAUAAACUUGCUUUCUAACAAUAAUGAAUGUAUAUGCCUUAAUUAUGGUUAUGUCUUGAAUGAAAAAAAAAAAAAAAUUCAAACAAAAGAUAUUUCAAAUAAUAUUUUUGUUAAGGAUAUAUUAAAGAUUUAUAAAUCUACUAAUGAAAAUGCUAGUACAAAAUAUAAGUGUAAUUCUCAGAAAUAUUAUAUGCAAAAAUAUUAUGAAGAGUUAAUUAGGUCAUCAAUAAUUUAUUCUUAUAUUAGCGUUAAGAAUUGUAAACGCCAAUUAAUAAAUAAUAUUAUUAAAGAAUUUCAUUCAGAGUAUAUUUAUAUAAUUGAAAAGUAUAAUGAAAUUCUUUUAUCAUUAGGAAAAUUAAAAAAUUAUGAUUACUCAUUUAUAUUUAAAAAAAAAUUUAAUAUAGAAAUUAAUUUAAAAAAAUUAAUACUAGAUAUUAUAAAAUUUAACUAUAUAAUAGAAGAAGUAGUUCAUAGCUAUAACAUUGAAAAAUUAUGCUCAUAUUUAUUUAAUUUGACACAAAAAAUUUAUAAUUUAAUUCAGAAAGGCUUCAUAAAAAAUAUAAACUCUGUAUUAGGAGAAAAAAAUUUUGAUAAAUUUAUAGAAAUAUUAAAUUACGAAAAAGGAGAAAGUAUAAUUAAUUUAGACGAUAAUAAUAACAAAAAUAAUUUAGAAAAAAAAAGGGAAGUCUUGAGAAAUUUGGAUAAAAUCAAAAAGUCUGACUUUUUUUUAAAAUAUAUUAAAAAUUUUGAACAUUCUUAUAACGAUGAUGAAAACAAAUAUUUUCCAAAGGAAAAAGAAUCAGAAAAAAUGGAAACUUAUAUUUUAAAUAGAAUUCUUGAAUUAAUUAUUAUGAAAUCAUAUUUAUUUAUAGUAUCCAAAAUAUUUAAUAUUAUAAAUCUUCGCUUAAUAAAUUUUUAUUAG